GUCAGGAGCAACUGGGCCAGAAUCCCAGGCCUCGGCGAUCUUGGAAGGGCUGCGUGCGUCUGUGGAGUGCGCCUGCGCAGCUGUGGACGCCGCAGGUCAGCGUCUCAGUCUGGGGACCCCCAGCGCCUCGGGGACAGGGACUAAGGGAGGGGAUCCACCCCGGGGCUCGGGCGAGGGGCGGGUGCGACCCGCGGGAAUAAGAGCAUCUGCUUGCCUGGAGUUGAUGAGGCUGAGUCGGCGCCGCUUGGAUCCUGUUUUUGAAGCAUGAAUCCUUCACUCUUCCUGGCUGCCCUUUGCUUGGGAAUAGCCGCAGCAGCUCCAAAACUCGAUCAGAACCUAGAUGCGCACUGGUCCCAGUGGAAGGCGGCACACAGGAGAUUAUAUGGCAUGAAUGAAGAAGGAUGGAGGAGAGCAGUGUGGGAGAAGAAUAUGAAAAUGAUUGAACUGCAUAAUCGGGAAUAUAGCCAAGGGAAACAUGGCUUCACAAUGGGAAUGAAUGCCUUUGGUGACAUGACCAAUGAAGAAUUCAGGCAGGUGAUGAAUGGCUUUCGAAACCAGAAACACAGGAAAGGGAAAGUGUUCCAAGAACCUCUCUUUGCUGAGAUCCCCAAAUCUGUGGACUGGACUCUGAAAGGCUAUGUAACUCCUGUGAAGAAUCAGGGUCAGUGUGGUUCUUGUUGGGCUUUUAGUGCAACGGGUGCCCUUGAAGGACAGAUGUUCCGGAAAACUGGCAAACUCGUGUCACUGAGUGAGCAGAACCUGGUGGACUGCUCUCGGUCUCAAGGCAACGACGGCUGCAGUGGUGGCCUGAUGGAUUAUGCCUUCCAGUAUGUGAAGGACAACGGAGGCCUGGACUCGGAGGAAUCCUAUCCCUAUCUUGCAAGGGACACAGAUACCUGUAACUACAGGCCUGAAUGUUCUGCUGCCAAUGACACGGGCUUUGUGGACAUCCCUCAGCGGGAGAAGGCCCUUAUGAAGGCAGUGGCAACUAUAGGACCCAUCUCUGUUGCUAUUGAUGCAGGCCAUCAGUCGUUCCAGUUCUAUAAAUCAGGCAUUUAUUUUGACCCAGAGUGCAGCAGCAAAGACCUCGAUCAUGGUGUUCUGGUGGUUGGCUAUGGCUAUGAAGGAACAGAUUCAAAUAACGAUAAAUUUUGGAUUGUCAAGAACAGUUGGGGGCCAGAAUGGGGCUGUAAUGGCUAUGUAAAAAUGGCCAAAGACCAGGACAACCACUGUGGAAUUGCCACAGCAGCGAGCUAUCCCACUGUGUGAGCUGAUGGACCAGGAGAUAAGAGGACUUGGGGACAGCAUAUCUGGAGGAAUUUUAUCUUAAAACUGACCAAAUCCUUAUUGUGUAAGAUAAGACACUUGAAUCAUUGAGGAUCCGAGUUGUGAUUUGAAUUCUGUGACAUUUUUAUAAGGGUACAGCAUUACCACUACUUUAAUUACUGUUUUAAAUAACUUUAUAAUGUUGACAACUCAUUACUUAAUUCUAAGACUUUUGAAUUUUCAUUUUUUUCAAAGGAUAUAUAAAACUUUACCUUUUAAAAUAAAGUUUAAUUCAAUAUGUA